UUCCGGGAGCGCAGGUGCGGCUUCCGUGUCAAGAUGGCUGCCGCCUGCCGCUCUUCGACUUGGCUCCCUCCCGGCCUCCCGUGCCGCCUGCCCGCCGGGGCCCAGCUGCUGCGCGUUGCCCUGUGCCUCCUGUGUUGGGUCCCGGCGGCUGUAGACGCAGUCCCUGAGCUCGGGCUUUGGACGAGGAGGGUCAAUGACAAAUCAGGACCUUUGAUAUUCAGGAAAACUAUGUUUAACUCUACUGAGAUCAGGUUUUCUGUGAAAUCAUUCAGUUGCUCUGGACCUGUGAAGUUUACCAUAGAGUGGCAUUUGAAGUAUCAUACCUGUCACAAUGAGUACCCUGGCCUGGAAGAGGAGCUGCUGCAGAAGCAGGAACUUCAUGCUGAUGCAGACUUCUGUGCUUACUUCAAGAACAUUGACUGUUGGACAACAAAAAGUGAAAACCUGGAUUGUAGCAGUGACACCCAGGCGUUUCCCUCACUAAGUAAUAAAGAACUAACAGGCAUCAGAAACAUUUCAAGCCAGGAAGGAUCAACGGAUGUUGUAGCCAGGACCCAGAAAGAUGGCUUCCAUAUCUUCAUUGUCUCUAUUAAAACGGAAAAAACAGAUGCAGUCUGGGAUUUAAAUGUUUCUCUCUCUAUGGUGGGGCCUCAUGGAUACAUCUCUGCAUCAGACUGGCCUCUAAUGAUUUUUUACAUGGUGAUGUGUAUUGUUUACAUAUUAUAUGGUGUCCUCUGGCUGAUGUGGUCUGCCUGUUACUGGAAAGAUAUAUUAAGAAUCCAGUUCUGGAUUGCAGCUGUUAUUUUCCUAGGAAUGCUUGAAAAAGCAGUUUUUUAUAGUGAAUACCAAAACAUCAACAGCACUGGACUGUCAACCCAAGGCUUACUUAUAUUUGCGGAGUUGAUAUCUGCACUAAAGAGGACAUUGGCUCGCCUGCUUGUGAUCAUUGUGAGCUUAGGUUAUGGCAUCGUGAAGCCUCGGUUAGGAACAGUCAUGCACCGGGUGAUUGGACUGGGACUGCUUUACUUGGUCUUUGCAGCCAUCGAAGGCGUCAUGAGAGUCAUCGGGGGCUCUAAGCAUUUGUCUGUUGUUUUGAGUGACAUUGUUUUAGCAGUUAUUGACUCCAUUUUUGUGUGGUUCAUUUUUAUAAGUUUGGCACAGACUAUGAAGACUCUAAGGCUCAGAAAGAACACGGUGAAAUUCUCAUUGUAUAGGCAUUUUACAAAUACUCUCAUCUUUGCUGUGCUGGCUUCCAUAGUGUUUAUGGUGUGGACAACAAAGACCUUCAGGAUCGCAAAAUGCCAAUCAGAUUGGAUGGAGCUCUGGGUUGAUGAUGCAUUUUGGAGCUUCCUCUUCUCCCUCAUCCUCAUUGUGAUAAUGUUCUUGUGGAGGCCAUCGGCAAAUAACCAGAGGUAUGCCUUCAUGCCCUUGAUAGAUGAUUCUGAUGACGAAGUCGAGGAAUUCAUGGUAACAUCUGAAAAUUUAACUGAAGGAAUAAAACUAAGAGCCUCAAAAACAGUCUCAAACGGAACAGCUAAACCUACUGCUGAUAAUUUUGAUGAAGAUUUGAAGUGGGUGGAAGAAAAUAUCCCUUCUUCGUUCACAGACGUAGCUCUCCCAGUGUUAGUGGACUCGGAUGAGGAAAUUAUGACCAGAUCUGAAAUAGCUGAAAAAAUGUUCUCUUCAGAAAAGAUCAUGUGAUCGGGACCGCAGUGGGUCCAGCGUGAGCGGGAAGUGCGGUUGACAGCUUCGCCCGCCCGUGAUACAAGUUUUACUGUGUCGUUCUCUUGGGGAUCUGUGUAUGCAAAUGAAGAAUUGAGG